UUGAGGGAGCACGGUUAGGGAUAUAUGUGGAUCGAUUGUAAAAGAACAUAAGACACGCUUCUGUUAGGAGUUCUCUGUUGUAGUGGAUUUAAAAACUCGUCGAAUGUAAAACGAGCGGGAAGAUAUUGACCAGAAAACCGGGAGGGGACUGUGUAAACAAGUUAGCUAAUUUUUUGACAUGGAUUAUGCGAAUAAGAUCUUCUGCAUGGAUGUCUAUUUAGUGAACAUGGAGAAAACAGAAUGAUUCCUGUCGAUCUAAUGAAGAGGACCUGUAAAUAAUCCUAUAGACCAAGGAAUGGGUACAGGAUUCAGUGCGGUAUGCUCAAGCAAACGGUCUGUCAUUAUUUCAAACAGCAUAAAGGCGGUCAGACAGGAUCCGGAUGUGGACUCGGACGACACACCCGUCAGAAUUCCCACCAAACUCCAUGCUUGUGAGUCCCGUGACUCAGGAAUCGUCGAAAACGAGAUUUCCCACUACCUUAGCUACAGUCGCCCGGAUGUGAACAUAGAAGAUGAAAUUUUCGAGGAUGACCACCAGUCUGACAGCGAUAAUUCUAAUAAUUCUGACGAUACAGUGUAUAGACUUGAACAAUUGGAGAACAAACCAUUGCGACCCCAUUCCUGUCGUCUUGGGAACCGUGGUAACACUGCAAAAAAUAGAAAAAAUGAUGAUUCCUAUGUAGAGGAGGACAAAUUAGUGCGUUUAUUACGUCAGUCUAAAUCUUCCAAUCCACAUGCAGACGAUGAUGUGAGUGAUCUAGAUAGAGAGGACAGCUUUUACCAAGGAUUUAGAGUCGAAUCAGCUCGUAGGGGAAAUAAGCGCAAAAGCGCAAAGAGUUGUAAGAGCGAUGGAAAAAGAUCUUCGAAAACAAUUACUGAUUUGAACAGCUCCUCCGAUAAUGAAGACUGGAGCGACUCUGAGUUCUGGACAAUUCCGGACGAGACAGACACGCUUUCACCCGGAAGUAAAGGAAGUGUGAACCGGAAGGGAUGGGUAAUGGAGGAAGACGCCAUCACGCACGAAUCGUCAGGUUCGACAACUCCAACAUCCACAAGAUCGGGACAAACCAUAGACUAUUACAAAAUUGUAAGUGAGAGCUACCAAAGAUAUGAUGCAAAUCUGGCCAAGAAGGCAAGCGAGCGGUCCAUAUCGAGCAUCCUACUAAUGCCAGUUGACGGGUUUCAAACCCCUACUAACUCUGUGGAUUUAUUUGAUACUUCAUUUAAUAGCUUUCCAUUACCAUUCCACUUGCAGCGGCGGAUGGAUGACCUAGUUACGGCCUUCCUAGAUGCCUUGCAAGAACGCCAUGCUCAAGGUAGACUGACCCAGAGUGAAUAUCAAAACGUCAUGAGAAACCUACGUUAUCAGUUGGUGGAGUUUGUUUUCACGUGCAUUACUAGUGACGUCACCCCACGACUAGAGGUCACGGCUGACCCUAACUCUGGUGGAGAAGAGGAGUGGAGUGUUCAAAUUCAAUUAAGGCCCUCCGACGAGCACAUUUUGCAAACAUCUGAAAAACAACUUGCCAGAAAACUAGCAGAGAAGGGAAAUCGUGUUACUCGAGAGGACAUCAUUUACCUGCUUGGAGAUCAUUUGCGGACAAUUGAACAAUUACAGCACGUACGAGACAAUGAACGAUGUUUAACAAGCAAAGCUGAGGAAGAACGAAAGAUCCGGAAUAAGUCUGCAGCUGCAACACGAAAAGACGUUGCCAUGAACCCUAAAAGGAAGAAAACCCCAGUCUCAGAAUCCGGGAAAGCGAUCAAAGCAGACUCGGUUUCUUCUUUUUCGAGAUCAACUCCGGGAACGAAGUCAAAACCCUGUCAUGCCAAACCGCCAAAGAGUCCUCAUAAAGAUUGCCAAGCCGACUCUGACAGUGAUGCUACAAUAGGAAACCAAUCUGAUACAGACUUGAAUUCCCCGGUUACAACGCCAGUUAUGAGAAAAAGCAUGUCAUUGGACGAACGAAAGCUUAAAAAGACCAUUACACCGGCCAUAAAUUCAGCAGACAAUCAAACUGGCCUGGCUUCAGACGUCUCCGGACAGAUUUGGCGCGAACGAGCCAAACUGUCCGCAGACGAUAUUCUCAAACUUCUGAACAACACUCGCGACCGGAUGUGCCGUCAUGGUAACGAAGAGAAGCCAGACAAAACCACAACAAGCAAUGAAAAUACAAGACCUCAUACAGAUGGCACAGGAAACAAUGAACUACUGAGACUAGAUAGGGAGUUUAUCAAAGAAAUACGCCAGCUAAUCCAACGGAAUGCCAUCACGAGAAAGGAUCUAGAGAGCCAAAUAGUGACACAUAUGAAGAAGACGGCAAACGUACGGGUAAAGGCGAUAUCAGUGGGCCCUGCUCCCCUGAAACAUACACGCAGUCUCAAUGAUGCUGUUGGUGACACGCGCGCUGAAUCGUCUGCUAACAGCAACAGCAGCAGACGAAGUGAGCCUGACAUGCGCAAAUGGAGGAAAGACCUAGAUGAGAAUACCAGACAGAAUGGGAUAAUGACCCAGAGAGUGAUGACGGGGAAAAGACGAGCAGGUGCCCCUCAGAUGACGGGACUAGCGCCAAUGGAGCCGCUGUCUGAAGGGGCAGAGGAGCAUCAUAUACUUACUAGAGUAGAAGAGAUUGAAGGUAAAAGUAGUGUAAAGAGUCGUCCGGAUAGUGGAAUAGCUGUCAGUAUGUCUUCCGGAAGUUACUCAAGCUACUCCAGCUCUGAAGCCACCAAGGAACCGGAAACAGACGACAUCGACGAAACUUGUUUAACAGAAACACCCGAGAUGAUUGAUCGCGUGGAGAAGGUGAAGCCUGAAAGUCAUAGUGAUGUAAAAAGCCUCGUUGCUGCCAUAACUAAAGGUCUCAUGACACAACAACUAAAAGCACACGCUCUCUACUGCUGGUUAACAAGUCUCGACCUCUGUAAGCUUCCAAAGGGCAAACAUAAAGCAACAUCUCCUGCUACAAAGGUGAAGAUGUUAGCUGAUAAAAAGAUGACAUAUGCACAAUUUUACCAGGAGCUUUGCAAGGCGGCAGGAAUAAAAUGUGAGAAAGUGGAAGGAUAUGUUAAGAGCCAGGACUAUUUGCCAGGAAACACUGUUCAGUCAUCUAAAUUCCAGCACACGUGGUGUGCUGUUCAGUUAGAUGGACAUUUCCGAUUGGUUGAUCCUCAAUAUGGCGCCAAACGUGAUAGAGAUAAUAAACACGAAAGAUUCUAUAUGGAUCACUAUUUUAUGACGUCACCUGAUAACUUUUUGCUUUCUCAUUAUCCUAAAGAAAAGAGGUGGCUUUUGAUGAAUCAGACCUAUUCAAUUGAAGGAUUUGAGUCCAUGGUCAAAACUUGGCCAGCCAUGUUUCACUUUAAUAUCCGUCCAUUAAGCAUGAAGUCUGUGAUUCGGACUUACGAUGGCAAACUCAGCAUUACUGUUUUACUCAGAAACGUUGCUGUGAAUCCGUCCCUAGAGUAUUCUGGUCCAGGACCGGAACUUGAUGCAUAUAGUUUGAAAGAGAACAUUAUUGAGGAAAUAAGAGACGCUGAAAACGCCGAAACCUUCCAUAUCACUUUGCCACAAGAAGGAAACUAUUAUUUUACUUUAGACGCCCAUGUUUUGGAGGUUGAGGUUGAUGUGCCAGUAUUUCAGUGUCGAAUUGAAUAUGUCGAUGAAUUGCUAUGAUUUUGCCAUAUUUAGAUAUCAACAUUUAAUAUUACGAAGCAUGAACUUAAAAUCAAAUAUGUGUACGAGACUCGACCAGAUAAAAAUGAGUAUAUCAUCUUCCAGUGAACAAUGUCUUUCUGAAAGACUGUUAUAAUAUAUAAUUGAUUUAUUUUGAUAUGCCCUAGGCAUUGCUUGUUGGAUAUUUAUUGUUGUCGUGUGAAAGAUUUUCCCAUUCGCCAUCCUCAGUAUUUAUUUUCAUCAAAUUUUCAUUGAUAUCACUCUUAAUUUCAAUUCUUUAUAGAAUGUUUUGAAAAAGUGAAAGUAUACUAGUCUACCGAACAGAUAUCCUUAUAUAGAAAAUGAUGAGGGUCAAAUUUUUACCAACAAGUGCUGUGUUAUCAUUUAGCAUUUUGAAAUCAAGCUAGAUUUGCUAGAGAUUGCCUUAUCUGAUAUUGAUGAGAUGCCAAUAGAAUGCACAGCUGAUUUCUGUUUACUUUUUGUGAGUUUGUUAUCAUCCGUAUGAGCGUUUUUGUUAGAAGUGCAUAUUUGGUGCCAUGCAAUAUUUGUUAAGUUUUUUUCUACUUGUGUGUAUAUAGUUAUAUUUUUCCGAAAUCUGGAACAGGGACGGGUUGAAUAUUAUUUUACCUUAAAAUAAUUAGCAUCUUUACCACCACAGUAUUUGAAUAUGUAAAAUAAACGUCUUGAGUGCUCUUGAAGACAAUGUACAGCUAAUUUGUUAUUGACGGACAAUGAAGUGACCCUGAUUUUGUAGUGGUACACUCGCACCGAAUAUUUUUUAACUGUACAUUGUUUUCGCUAUUUAGUGUGUACCUUUUGAUAAAUUUAUAACAAUGUAUUUCGUGUGACUUCCUUUUCUAGUAGAUGAUAGUCGUAACAAAAUUUGUAAUACAUUUCACAUCUUUUUUUUUAUUUAAACACACAACACCGUACCUUUACUAUGGUUUGCCAAAUGCAUGUUUUUAUGUUAUUUUCCAGACACAGGACUGAGGUGUCUGUUGAACUUAACAACUUUUGAAAAACGUGUUGUUGGGCUGGAAAAAAAUUGUUUUGAAAUGUUUGGGUAUGACUUGAAAGAGCACUUGUUAAUCUAAAAA